AUGAGGCAUGAAGUCAACUCUGUCCAGGAGGAACUCCGAAAGUAUGCGGAGAGAGAUGAACUGGAAGCCGAUGCCAUGGAGAUUGAGUGGACAAACCCGGCAACUCCACCAGACUUUGUUGCCGAGAUACAGAAAGCCCUUGAUGAAGGAAGGCUAGUGGUAGUGAGACCAGCAACUCCGGCACCAAAUCCAGGCUCCAGGUCCUCGUCCAGGGCAGCCACCAGGACAAUGCAGCGGAAGACCAGUCCCUUCGCAGCAUUUCCGGUCAGAUCCACUAGGAGAGUCGUUCCUAUUGUCCAGCCAGCGGUGGGAGCAUCUCCCUUACCUCCUAGCCACUUUGCAGGAAUAAACCCAUUCCUCGGAUUAGCCGACCGAUCCUUUGACUAUGAGGGAGAACUCUACCCAGGUGCAGGCCGAGGACCUCCCAGCCCGCUAGCCAGGAACCCAGGAAGGUUCACCAUGUCUGGGGCCGCUCAACCAGCAGCAACCUCACCACUGGCCAGCAAUCUGGCGCCGGUAGCACCUGGAGGAAGUGGUGGAAAUCAGAACCCUCCACCUCCAGCAGCCCGCGCUCCCGCUCCAGGAGACUCAGACAGUUCUGACAGCAAAGACUCGGAACCAGAAGGUGGUGAUAGAAGAGGCUGGCGGAGAUACCUUAAGAAGAAGUUGGAGAAACAACAGAAGAAUCUGUUGGCAAUGAUGUCCCAGCAGUAUCAACCUCCGGCCACCUCCGACCCUUCUACUUCCACCAGAGCUCGAGAACCAAAGGCACCACCACCUUCUAAGUUUCAGGGCAAGGCGGAGCAAGUGGAAACCUUCAUCCGGCAAUGUGAGAAUGUGUUCUCCAUUGAGAGCCUGUCAUUAACCUCUGAGGAAGUCAAGAUCCGAUAUGCAGGCAACUUGAUGGAAGGCGAGGCAGCGAUCCGAUGGUAUGAGGCAUACCACAAUUCAAUUGAUCAAGCCUCCGCCAACCGUCUUGCUGGAAUGCCGGUGCAGUUGGAUCAGAGAUGGAAGUGUUGGGAUUCCUUUGUGGAUGCUUUUAGAGCUGCCUUCGGUGAAGCCAUCUCUAGAGAUAAUGCUGUAGCCCAAUGGAAUACCCUCACCCACACAGCUCGAGGAGGGAUAGACCUCUUUCUGAAUACUAUCAUUCAGCUGAUGUGGAAGACUGGCUAUGAGGGUCAGUUGGUGGAUGAUAAGAUUCAUAAUUCCCUCCUCCCGGACCUAGGCAUGAGUUGGGCUCUUUUUAAUCCCAAGCCAAAGUCCUUGAUGGAGCGGAUAGCUGCUCUAAGAGAGUGA